CGCGUUUGAAAAGAAGCGGCAGGAAGUCGCCGACCUGCACGGAGCGGAGCAGAAAUGAGCGGCGGUGAUUAAAAUCUGACGCUGUUGACCCCGAAAUGGCGCUGCUGACCCCGUACAGCAAGAUACCCGAGCUCAACACGGCCACCGUGCUGCUGGUUGAAAAUGAGGAGCAGUUUCAGUCCAGGUUGGCCGAUGCCAUAGUGCAGCAGGAAAAGGACAUCAACGUGAAUGUGCGGCUGGCUCGGAAGCUCCCUCUCCCUGUGGAAAACAGUGAGACUCGCCCUCGUAUUGACCUGGUGGUGUUCAUAGUCAACCUGCUGUCUGAACGCAGUCUUCAGGCAGCAGAGAGUUCUCUGAGCCAUUUAGGCCCAGACUACUUCCUGGGAAAGCUGUGCUUUCUGGUUACUGAUGCUCGCUGUGGUGCUGUACCUCAGGAGCGUCUGCUUAGCGUGAGGAGACUGGCUGCGUCGCACCACUGCCCUGUGAUCUACGCUGAACACCAGACAGAAGAUGGCAUUACCAUGACAGCGAUGAGGGUCCUCACCAUCUUGAAAGUGUCUGCUGGUUUAUCUCCUGUGGCAACCACCGCGCUCUACCUGUCCACCUUUACCCGAUGCACUUUCCCCUCUGACUUCGACGAGGACUGAGCUCUGGCAUCUGACCAUUUCCGUUCUACGCUGUUGAGUAUUUCUGGGUGCCACGUGGCGUCCGCUGAACUCGGGGUCAAAUAUAUGAAUGAAAAGACUGUUUGUUUUUAAACUCCUCGAAUUUGGUCGUACAGAAUUCCAUAAAUGUUACUGAUAAAACCAGAAGAAAUCAGUGGAAUCCAGACAAGUAGGUGAGUUUAAAGCAGUGAACAGAGGCAUCAGUCAGACACUUUGCAUUAAGAUGCAUAGUUUGUGUAUCUUACUGACCGUGUCAUUGGCUGUUAUGGGUGCCUAUUGUUGUUUUCAUAUCACACUUUAUUUAAUUACUUGUUACCAUCAUCGUUAAGGAGUCGUCCAGGGAGCAAACCCCCGCCAAUCCAAAUGUAGUUGAUCGGUCAAGACAAGACGUGUUUUAUGUCUGAAGUUGUUUUCUUUAGUUCUGCCCUGGAGUCACGAGGCUAAUUUCACGAACAAGUAGUGGAAGCUUGUGCUGCACCAGAUGUGCCUCAGCUGAUACCACGAAAAUUUGGGGUUGGGCGUGGAGAAGGGCUUGUGCAUUUGGUCGAACUAUUGCUUUAAGGGAAAGAAGUUGGUGGCAUCAGGUUGUGCUGUGCAGAGUUCCUGAACACUCGUGUUGUUGAUCACAGAGAAACACGCCUUGAUCUGUUAAUCUUAUGCAUGCAUGUCGUGCCCCAACACCCUGCUCUCAGUUAUGUGCAUAAUGUAAAUAUGUGUAGUUGCGUUAGUAUGUUCAUUAAAGUCUGUAGAAUGAA